AGAUCGCCGGGACAUCGGAAAUAUUUAUUCAUAUUUAAGAUGAAGGUGAUGAUGAUGAUGGUGUUGUGAGUCGCCACACCCUGCGCGCGCAGCUCUGACUCACGAGGACACACACUGUCAUCCUGCGCACAUCCAUCCGUCCACACACACACACGGAGUAGCUCAUAAUACUGCAACCAUGGGAGAAUCAGAAACGCGUCAGAGGCUGCUGCGCAACGUCAAAAAGGAGGUCAAGCAGAUCAUGGAGGAGGCCGUGACACGCAAGUUUGUGCAUGAAGACAGCAGUCACAUAAUAUCUUUCUGCGGUGUUGUGGAAGCGUGUGUUCUUCAUGGGCUGAAGCGACGGGCCGCUGGGUUCCUGCGCAGCAACAAACUGGCGGCUCUGUUCAUGAAGGUGGGCAAGAUGUUUCCACCGGCGGAGGAUCUGUGCCGAAAGGUGCAGGAGCUGGAACAAAUCAUCGAGAACAAACAAAAUCAGAGUCAGAUGAGUCAGGAGAGUGUCCGAAAGCAGCCCAGGCCACCAAACCUGUCUCCUCUGGCCAUCAAACACCUCUGGAUCCGCACCGCGCUCACACAGAAGCUGCUGGACAAGAUCGUCCUGUACCUGGUGGAGAACAGCAGUAAGUUUUACGAAAGAGAAGCUCUUCUGCGGGAUCCAGUUGACGGCCCGAUCCUUGCGUCUUUGCUGGUGGGUCCCUGCGCGCUGGAGUACACCAAAGCAAAGACAGCCAAUCACUUCUGGACGGAUCCGUCAGCUGAUGAACUGGUGCAGAGACACCGCAUUCACAGCGGACACUGCCGACAGGACUCGCCCACUAAACGCCCGGCUCUCAUUCAGAAGAGGCAGUCGAGCGGCAGUAUGGAUGACAGGCCUUCGCUCUGGGCUCGGGAUUACGUCGAAUCUCUUCAUCAAAACUCCAGGGCCACGCUGCUCUUCGGGAAGAACAAUGUCCUCGUGCAGCCGACAGACGACAUGGAAGCAAUCCCAGGAUACCUUUCUUUACACCAGACGGCGGAUCUCAUGACGCUGAAAUGGACGCCGAACCAGCUGAUGAACGGAAACACUGAGUUUGAUUAUGAAAAGAGUGUUUAUUGGGAUUUUGCGAUGACCAUCCGUCUAGAGGAAAUCGUUUAUCUGCACUGCCAUCAGCAAGUGGACAGUGGGGGUACUGUGGUUCUGGUCAGUCAAGACGGGAUCCAAAGGCCUCCGUUUCGUUUCCCAAAAGGAGGACACCUGCUCCAGUUCCUCACCUGUCUGGAAACAGGUCUCCUUCCUCAUGGACAACUGGAUCCUCCUCUGUGGUCCCAAAGAGGAAAGGGAAAAGUGUUUCCAAAACUGCGUAAAAGGAGUCCGCAUGGAUCCUGUGAGUCUUUCUCUGACAAGGAUGAAGAUGAGGCCACUGAUUAUGUGUUCCGGAUUAUAUACCCAGGCAGUCAAGAGUUCGUGGCACCAGAACUGAUCGAGCAGGCUGUGAAUAUGUGGCAGCCGACGCCCAGGAAGUCGUCUUGCUCAUCCUGUUCGCAGAACGGCUCAUCGGACGGCGGGCUUCCCAACGGAUGCAACCACGACAGGGCGCCGCUCAAGUUACUCUGUGAGACCAUGAAGCACCAGAUCAUUUCCCGCGCUUUCUACGGCUGGUUGGCGUAUUGCCGUCACUUGUCCACCGUCCGUACGCACCUCUCGGCUCUGGUAAAUGCUACUAUUGUUGAGCCCGACAUCCCUUAUGAUGCCAAAGGCGGACUGUCAGCAGAAGUGUGGAAGUCAUUUCUACAGGACUGCUCUGCGUAUGAGGAGGAGGAGCUGCUUCGGCUGGUGUAUUAUGGUGGUGUGGAGCCGUCUCUGCGGAAAGAGGUCUGGCCUUUCCUGUUAGGACACUACCACUUCACUAUGAGCCCCGAAGAACGCAAAGAGGUGGACGAGCAGAUCCGGGCGUGCUACGAGCAGACCAUGAGUGAGUGGCUGGGAUGUGAAGCCAUCGUGCGCCAGCGGGAGAAGGAGCAGCACGCAGCCGCUCUGGCCAAAUGUGCGUCUGGUGCCAGUGUGGACCGAGGGUCACGCCAGGACUCCACCAUCAGCACGGAUUCGUCUCAGAGCAGCAACUCGGAUAAACAGAAUAAUGCAGGAUCACACAGCGACUCCAACAGCAGCACUCAGGUGUUUGGCUCUGUAGAUGAAGUGGAUCCGAUCGAAUCUGAGCCCAAACCAAAAGACGAGAAGCCGCAGCCCAAAAUCCCCAACGGCGCUCUCCCGAACUGCACUAGCUCUCCAGACUCCGGACACCCAUCGUCCCGCAACUUCUCCGUGACCUCAGCAAUGUCCGACUGCUCUCCCAGCACAGAGGAGACUUCAACACAAGAGUCCAAAGGAAAUCAGCCCGACCCAGAGGAGAAACCCAAAGAGGAGCAACCAGAAAACAGGUCAACCAGUCAGGAUACAGAGAAAGAAGCUGCCAUUACUACACAAAACCUGAGUGUAUGUUCAGAAGCCGAGCUGACGAAACCUGUAGAAAGCGACAAACUGCGGACUUCUAGGACUGAAACAGAUCAGAUCGAAGAUGCAAUGUCAAAAAACCCAGGUGAUUUGUCUAAACCUGAAGUAAUCCCUAGUGCUGAAACAGAUGCAAGAAAAUCAGAAGUAAAUGAGUGUGAAGUUCAGUCAUUAAAAGAUCCCGCUGAGGGAAGCCGAUCAUCAGAAUCAAAACAGGCUGAAGAUGCAGAUGCUGUGGGUUUAUCAGUUGUGGAUGAAAACACAAAAUCAAACACGGAGCAAGAAACAGGUCUAAAAGUGAACGAAGGCUCCAAAUGUCAACCAUCGGCUCCAGAAUCAACACCAGAAGACAUGAAUAUCUCUCAAUAUCUAUCUUCUGAAUCAAAAACAGGGCAAGAAACGGGUCUAAACGUGACCGAAGACUCCAAAUGUCAACCAUCGGCUCCACAAUCAACACCAGAAGACACGAAUAUCUCUCAGAAUCUCUCUUCUAAAUCAAAAACAGGGCAAGAAAUGGGUCUAACUGUGAAUGAAGAUGCCAAAUGUCAACCAUCAGCUCCAGAAUCAACACCAGACGACACUAAAACUUCCCAAUAUCUCUCAUCUGAAUCAAACACGAAGCAAAAAGCAAAUGAAGACUCCAAAUGUCAUCCAUCAGCUCCAGAAUCAACACCAGAAGACAUGAAUAUCUCUCAAAAUCUCUCUUCUGAAUCAAAAACAGGGCAAGAAACAGGUCUAAACGUGACCGAAGACUCCAAAUGUCAACCAUCAGCUCCAGAAUCAACACCAGAUGACACGAAAACCUCCCGAAAUCUCUCAUCCGAAUCAAACACGAAGCAAAAAACGACCGAAGACUCCAAAUGUCAACCAUCUGCUCCAGAAUCAACAUCAGACGCCAUGAAAAUCUCCCAAAAUCUCCCAUCUGAAUCAAACAUGGAGCAAGAAACAGGUCUAAAAGUGAACAAAGACUCCAAAUGUCAACCAUCUGCUCCAGAAUCAACAUCAGACGCCAUGAAAAUCUCCCAAAAUCUCCCAUCUGAAUCAAACAUGGAGCAAGAAACAGGUCUAAAAGUCAAUGAAGACUCCAAAUGUCAACCAUCUGCUCCAGAAUCAACAUCAGACAAGAUGAAGACCUCCCAAAAUCUCUCAUCUGAAUCAUACACGGAUAAAGAAACAAGUUUAAAAGUAAACGAAGACUCCAAAUGUCAACCAUCUGCUCUAGAAUCAACACCCGACGACAUGAAAACCUCUCAAAAUCUCUCAUCUGGACCACAGAAUGUGCCUCAAACCGCUCCACAAACCAUCAGCUGGGACUCCGACCGCAACCGAGCCAGAUCAAUAAUCAAACAGAUGACAGAAUCGGAGCCUGAGAGCUGCGGGCCGCUCACAUCCCAGUCCAAACCCUCUCCGGACAUGUCAGAUGACUCUCCGUCAGCUUUAGAGAUGGAGGAGAUCCCUUCAUCCGUGGUGUACAUGUCCUCCGAGAGCUCCAUGUGCAGGACGCCUCUGACUUUGGCUCGUCCCGUGGCUCCGUGCACCACCGCCGGGGAGAAAUCGCCCAUGGGAAUGCCCGCUCUAGAGCUGUGCAUGGAGCCGGGCGUCAAUACCACCCCAGAGGGAACCGAUUCUGCGCUCUCCGAGGAGGAACCUGAGAUGGACAACUUAUUCCCCAAACCAGACUCUCUAGCGGUCACCGGAGACAAGAACGACAUCGCCUCGCCAGUGUCCUCAAUAGGGACCACCUACUCGCAGGAGCUGGUGGAUCUCUACACACUCAAUCUACACCGCAUCGACAAAGACGUCCAGCGAUGUGACAGAAACUACUGGUAUUUCACCCCAGCCAACCUGGAGAAACUGCGCAACAUCAUGUGCAGUUAUGUGUGGCAGCACCUUGACAUCGGGUACGUCCAGGGAAUGUGUGACUUACUAGCUCCUCUGCUGGUCAUCCUGGAUGAUGAGGCCAUGGCCUUCAGCUGCUUCACGGAGCUCAUGAAGCGCAUGAACCAGAACUUCCCUCACGGAGGAGCCAUGGACACACACUUCGCCAACAUGCGUUCCCUCAUCCAGAUCCUGGACUCGGAGCUGUUCGAGCUGAUGCAGCAGAACGGAGACUACACACACUUCUACUUCUGCUACCGCUGGUUCCUGCUGGACUUCAAGAGAGAAAUGGUGUAUGAUGACGUGUUCUCCGUGUGGGAGACCAUCUGGGCCGCCCGUUACGCCUCGUCUGAGCACUUCGUCCUGUUCAUCGCGCUGGCCUUGGUGGAGCUGUACCGAGACAUCAUCCUGGAGAACAACAUGGACUUCACAGACAUCAUCAAGUUCUUUAACGAAAUGGCUGAACGUCAUGAUGUCCCAAAGCUGCUGCUUAUGGCCCGAGACCUGGUGCACAAAGUCCAGAUCCUGAUCGAGAACAAGUGAAUCCUCAUCCAUUAUAAACAUGAAGAUGCUCUGUGUCUGUUUAUGGCCCAAACCCUCAGCCGAAGUAAAUGCCAAACCAGUGUUGUAAUUUCUAUAUCUAAUAUGACCCAGAUUUCAAUACUAAUAUGUAGAGUAUGCAUAUUAAAUAUUUGGGUGUUUUUUAUUUCAAACAGCCAAAUGACAAUGUGAUUGGAUGCCUUUAUUUUGUCUAAUUAGUAUUAACACAUUGAUGGAUUUAAAGGGGACCUAUUAUGCAAAGAUCACUUUUAUAAGGGGUUUAAACGCAGCUGUGCGGCAACAGUCUGUGAAUAUAUCCAGCUUCUAAUGGUAAACAUUAAUUAAUUUUAUUUGUAAUAAUCAGACUUGAUAAAAACAGUCUGCAGAAACACUCUGAUUGACAUUCUCCAUUUGUACGUGUCAUCAGAGGGGGAAAGCCCCGCCCACUAGUGACCAUCUCUCCCUUAUUAGCAUAGGACGUCAGUCUUGUUUUUGAGUCUGCCACUAUGCUGACACACAGGCAUACGUAGCUCCGCCUGCUUUUAAAAAGCGCACAAUCUCAUUUAAAUUUAAAGCGACAGUCACCAAAACGCCACACUAUUAGAAUCAAAGCCUGAAAGGGGCCGUUUCAGAGAGUUAUUAAACAUUAUCUGUGUGGUAUUAUGAGCUGAAACUUGUUAAAAAGGGCAUAAUAGGUCACCUGUAAAGCUAAAGACAAACCACUGGUUUUGAUUUUAUAGAGUCUGUAAGAGUGAAUGUAAUUGAGAGAAUAUAUCAGAUAAAAUAAAUAAUAUUAUAGAAAAAAAGUUGGAUAUUUGGAGAAUAGUUUUAUACGAGGUCAUGGAUGCAAACAAACGGCUAUGAAAUAUAUAAAAUUAUAUAUAU